AUGGAACUUUUCACUGAUGCCACCGCCUGCGAAAGCCUCGGCCUGGACAUGAACACGGAGAAGACAAUGGUUAUGCAUCAAACGCCACCCGGCGCUACCUACGUCGCACCCCAAACCAGACUGAAUGGCGCCCAACUGCAAGUCGUGGACAACUUCACAUACCUGGGCAGCACCAUCUCCCGCAACACCAAAGUAGAGGAUGAAGUGGCCCGCCGGACCUCCAAAUCCAGCCAAGCCUUCGGUUGUCUGCAAAGCACGGUUUGGAAUCGCCACAGUCUCCAACUCGACACCAAACUGAAGACGUACAAGGUGGUCCUCCUGCCGAUGCUGCUGUAUGGAGCGAGGACUUGGGUGAUGUACAAGAAGUAGGCGCGGGGACUCAAUCAUUUCCACAUCAGCUGUCUUCUUCGGGUACGGAAGCUGAGGUGGCAGGACCGGAUCCCCGACACAGACUUACUGAAGUGGACGGGAAUCCUCGGCAUCUUUGUCAUGCUGAGACAGCUGAAACUGCGUUGGAGCAGACAUCUCGUGCGGAUGGACGACGAACGGCUACCCAAACGACUCUUUUAUGGGGACGUCCACACGGGUCCCCGCCUCCAAGGAGGCCAAAUCUGUCGAUACAAGGACACUCUGAAGACUUCCCUAAAGCUCCUGCAGAUCAACCUGGCAAACUAGGUCCGAGAUUGACCGAUCCUCAGGAGGACAUUGAAGACAGGAGCAGUGGUCUACGAAGCAAACCGCAUCACCGCCGCGAAAGCCAAAGCGGGGCUCACAAAUCCCUAUUGUGCUCACCUCGCAACGCCAACGCCCAACCGCCUCCUACGUGUCCACGAUGUCUACGGACAUUCGAGGCGUCCUUUGGACUUGUUAGACAUCUCCGGACCAACUGCAGAAUCAGGGCUGCACCAAUUGCUGUCGCCUCGUCCAGAUCUGCCUCAUCCUCCACGCCAACAACUAACACUGACUGCACCCCCGAACCUUCUUCUUCCUCCUCCUCCUCCUCCUCCUCCUCCUCCUCCUCCUACUACUACUACUACUACUACUACUACUACUACUCCUGCUCCUCCUCCUCUUCUUCUUCUUUUUCUUCCUCUUCUUCAUAUUCUUCUUCUUCCUCCUCCUCUUCCUCCUCCUCCUCCUCCUCCUCCUCCUCCUCUUCUUCUUCUUCUUCUUCUUCUUAUUCUUCUCCUCCAUUUCCUCAACAUCCACUACGGCGGCUCCUGUAG